GAGUGAACAAGUGCGCCUGCAUAUCGCCCGAGCAUACACAUUGCGCCAGACUUUGCUCUGCUCCAAUAACGUUGUGCGCAUUUCAUACCAUCCAAUACGCUUCGUUUGCACAGCAAUUCGUACGACACAGCAAUGGCGACACGCAAACGAAACGAAUACCUUGACGUCGAGGAAAGCGAGGAUGAGGAGAGGGGCUACGAUUCCGAAGAAGAGAGCAGAGCGCGCAUGCUCCCGGCAUCAAAGCGACAAAAAGUAGACCACGACUCUGAGGACGAAGAACGAGACGAAGAAGUGGAUGGAGAAGAGGACCAAGGUUCCGGCGAAGACGAGGACGACGAGGACGAGCAACACGCGGCGAAGCGCUUUCCAUCCAAGAACGCCGAACUAGCACAUCUCGAGAAACUUGCUGCAUCUCUUCCCUCAGAACUGAAGCUACAAUCCACAAAGCUUGGAAAAGCCUUACCACCAUCGUCACUCAAGAAAGACAAGUCCGGCGUGAUAUACCUCUCGCGCGUCCCACCCUUCAUGAAACCAGCCGUAAUGCGCUCGCUCUUGACACCAUAUGGCGCUGUGGGCCGCAUUUUCCUGACUCCAGAAACCAGUACCUCCCGUACUCAGCGCCUGCGCAACGGAGGCACGCGUCGCAAACUUUUCCUUGAUGGCUGGGUAGAAUUUAUACACAAGCGCGAUGCCAAAUUCGUCGCCGAGAACUUGAAUGCACAGACAAUGGGGGGUAAGAAGAGGGGCAGGUGGCAUGAUGAAGUGUGGAAUAUCCGAUACUUGAGUGGAGUUAAGUGGCACAAUCUGGUCGAGCAGAUCCAGAAUGAGAACGCAGAGCGUGCGGCAAGACUCAGGUUCGAGAUUGCACAGGGCAAGAAAGAGAACAAGGCAUUCUUGGAGAAUGUGGAGAGAGGCAAGGUUGCUAGUGGAAUUGAGGCUACAAGGCGGAAGAGAGGGGAUGAUGUUGACGGUAAUAAUGCGGCAGUGGAGGCAGCAGAAGCAGUGCAGGAAGCAGAUGGGAAGCCAAAGAGGAGGAAGGGAAGGCUAGAGUUCUCGCAACACACGACUACGAGCAAGGCGAUGAAGAAGCCCGAGCCAGGCCAGGAUGUGAACAGGGUAUUGAGUAGUAUGAUGUAAAGUGAGGCGCAUGAUAUCCAAGAAUAUGAGUAUAUUUCAGACUUCAAACUAUGUCUGGUGUCCUGUAUGAGGUGGAACUUCGUACCGUAAUGCAAUAAGUGUAACGCCAAAUUCCCAAUGUCU